UUGAAAAUAGUGCUCCUCCACAUACGAGAAUGAAAAUGAUUCCAAAUAUAACCUCCGAAUCUGUCCAAUCCUUUGCUCCAAGGCUAACUGUGGCCAGGAGAAAAGAGGCGCUUGAAUUGAGAAAGACAAUGAAACCUUUGUUGGAAAAGAGAAGGCGCGCUCGUAUCAAUGACAGCAUCAACCAUCUGAAGACUCUGAUCCUUCCACUCACAGGAAAAGAUAAUUCUCGGUACUCGAAGCUUGAGAAAGCUGACAUCCUUGAGAUGACCGUGAGAUUCCUCAGUGAUAUUCCUGCUUCUCAGAAAAAAAGUACAUCAGACAGCUUCAAAGAAGGGUACAAAGCCUGCCUGCAGCGCGUCACCGCUCUGAUCCCCAAAACAAACCUGGACAAAGACUCGUGUCAGCGGGUGAACGACUUCAUCCAGCAGUCCAUGUCAGCGUCCGUCGACCCAGCUUGUCCGAACUGUUGCGCCCAGAGCUCCAGGGCUUUCCCCCAGAUUCAGCAGAGACUCCUGAGCCUCAAAGUCAACGUUGGCUCCAGAAUCGAGAACCACUCGAACUCGCUUCCCAACCGGCCCCAGCCAGUGCCACAAGCUGUCAAUGUUAACAUGUGGAGACCCUGGUAGAUUCAAGAAGCCAUAACGCCAAUGUAAAUUAUAUGAUAUGUACAUGUCGGGGAAACGUCUCUUGUGCAUAUGUAUUUAUCAAUACUAGGCUAUAGAGAUGCAUGCAUUGUCAUAUUCUCUUGAUGAAAAGCUAUACUUCAUCGUUAAAUCAUGUUAGUUAAGUAUUAUAUACUGAAGUAAUUACACGUCUUCUGUCCUGUAAAUGGACAAGUUUGAAGAAAUUCUUCUUAUUUAUUAAGAUCUGCAUGGAUUUUAUUUUGCUAAAUUUAGUCCUCUUUGGGGGUUAAA